AUGCGGUCUGCGGUGGAUGCGUGUCCGCGCGGCCGGCACUGUGUGCGGCACAGGGCCAUUGCGGCUAUGCGUGCGGCGCUGCUUGUGGUGUUGGCGCUGGUUGCGGUGGCGGCGUUGAUGCCUGCUGUGUAUGCGGUGGUGCUGCGACUGCGGGGCGGUACGGUGGACAGAGCCAUCACGGUUGGCCGCGCCGUGGACACGGUGCUGAUGGACGGCGUGUACAUCACGAACGGCGUGGCUGUUGUGUUCGGCGUUGCGGCGAUGCUUCCCGGCGCGCUGCGCAUUGAACUGAGGAACUGCGUGUGCGACGGCGGUGCGCAGAUCUACGUGCGGGGCUACAGCGGCGAGCCGGCGAGUGACCGGAGCCUGGAGGUGAGCGUGAGCGGGCUGUCCGGGAGCUACUGCUCGCUUGUGUUUUUGCACAACCUGCCGGCACACACGAACGUGACGGUCCGUGACUCGACGAUUGUGACACCGGGGCCGAUGCGCUACUCGCAGCUGAGCGGGCUGACGGACGCGGUGGCGUCGCCGCUUGUGCUGCACGCGACGUCGCUGUUGCAGACGCAGCUGCGUGUGAGCAACACUGUGCUGAGGUCGUUGCACGCGGGCGGGUCUGCGGUGUACGUUGGCGGCGGCGUAGACCUGCUGUCGAGCGCGGUGGUGCUUGACGGCGUGUCGCUGGAGGCGUCGGGCGGUCCGACCGCGUCCGCGAUGCGUGUGGCGUCCUCGUCGCGUCUCAGCCUGCGGAGCCACUCGGUGUUCUCCGUGACGAACGUCUCUGUUGUGAGCAGCGGCGGCGGCCUUGUGCUUGGCGAGCGCCUCGCGGUGUCCGACUCGGUGCUGCGCUUCGUGGGCGUCGAGGGGUCUGUCGCGUCCUCGCUGGUGCGCUGCGACGGUGGAACGAUCGAUGCCGGCGGGUGGCUGGACCUGCACGACGUGUGGGCGGUGGGCGAGGCGUCGUCUGUGGCAUCGCUGUCGGGGGUGACGCUGAGCGGCGGCACCGUGUCGAUUGCGCGCUGCGCUGCCACUGGCACGACGCUUGUCUCCGGGCCGGCGAUCACGAGCGGCGUCGUGUCGGUGCAGUGCGACCGUGCCGGUGGCCGUGUGCUGCAGAGCAGCGGCGACUACCGCAUGGCCGGCCUGUCCUCCGUGAGCGUGGUGCCGUGCGACGGCUGUGCGGCUGCGCUUGCGUGCUUCGAUGGACUGACGGCGUCGUUCUCUGACUGCGUGUGCGGCUGCCGUGCCGGCGGCGUGGGCGAGGCGUGCCUGCCGUUCGAAGUGCCGCCUGCGAGGUCCGGCGGUGGUUCGCGGGGCUGCGUGAGUGGCGUGACGCUGACAGAGUCGGUGACGGUUGGCGGCGGGCGUGCGACGGCGUGCUUCGACUCGGUGUUGUUCGGCGGGUCGAUCACUGUGACGGUGGACCUGCGUUCGAUGGACGCGUUCGCUGACGCGCUGAACGUGACGCUGCGCCACUGCGUGCUUGCGGGCGGCGCGCAGCUGCGGAUUGGCGGCCUCAGCGAGAUCACGGCGCGCCUGAUGCCGCACGCCCUCGUCAACAUGACGAAUGUGACGUCACUGGAGGGAACGGUCGUGCUGCAUGGCGCGAUGCCGCCGAACUCGAGUGUGCUGCUGGCGAACUCAACGCUGCGUGCGACGGUUGGCGGGUCGCGGUACGUGCCGACGACCCCUGGCUUUGCGGGAUCCCGGUGUGGCCCCGCGCUUGUCCUGGACGGUGUCCGGCUUCUGUCGACGCGGUUUGUCAUGACGCGGUCGAUGCUGGUGUGUGGCGGGGGUUCGUGCGCUGCGAUCCUAUUGGAGCGUGGCCUCGACGUGAACCUGUCCAGCGUUUUCUACAUGGACAACUGCGCCGUCAAUUCGCAGAUGCACGUGAUGUACGGUCUUGCGUCGGGCCUGCGUGUCAGCGGCGGCUCUGUGUUCUCCAUACAGAACAGCUCGUGGAGUGCGCCGAGCAACGACUUCUACAAAGGUGCGUGUGUGUUUGAGGACGUUGCGGUGAUUGGUAGCAGCGUGCUGCAGAUUGUGUCCGGCACGUUCCGUCUUGGCUUUGCCAUGCUCAUCACAAACGUGCUGACCGUGACUGGUGGCAGCUGGCUGGUGCACCGCGACAACGAGUUCCGCACCGCCUACGUUGUGUACGUGGCCGACGAGAAUGGCGUUGCGUUCCGCGAUCGGAGUGUGUGGUCAAUACUUCAGAACGACUUUAAGCACGGCUCGUACUCGUCAAACACUGUACGCAUGACAAGCAAGUGGUCACCACCAUCCGACUCGCGUCCGACCAUCUACGGUGUGUGCAACGAGGCGAGGGGCUCUCCUGUGACGGAUUACGGAGAAGACCUCAAUAUUGGGACGCCCGUGACGGUGUUGGACUGUGGCGCGUGUGCCAUUGACGCCGAGUGCUUUGCAGCGAGGACGAGCAGCAUCAGCGGCUGUGAGUGCGUGUGCGCUGCUGGCGGAUACGGUGACACGUGUCUGCCAGCUGCCGUUCCGGACGGCCUUGGGCCGCUCCCGCUCUCAGAUGCGAAGGACACGGAGGUCCGCUGCGUGCACGGUGGCAGCAUCAGCUUCGUGGACUAUCCUGAUUCCGGUGUGCGUGGUCUGUGCUUCGUCAACGUGACUUUUACCGCCGCGAUCGUGCUGGAACUGUGGAGCUUUGACGCGCCACAACAGACACUCAACAUCACGCUGCUGCAGUGCGUCCUCGUGGGCCUGUCGAUCAAGGGGAGUGGUGCGCGUGUGCACGUGAACGUGACAUCUUCGAUGUUGGAUUCUGGUGAGUUGGAGUUCAGGGGCUAUUUUGGCACGAGCUCCCAGAUACUGGUGGUGGGCAGUGCGAUUGUGUCGACGUUGAGCUACGCUAUUGCCUUUUUGGAUUUUUUUCUAGGUGCGAACACGACGCUGCUGCUGCUUGACAACCGCAUUGAGGGAAGUAGUUACGCAUUCUAUAUAUCCGACACUGUUGUUGAUGGUGGCGGAAUCAUUGUGAAGGGAAACACGCUGUUAUCAACGGCAAAUGAGGACGAAGUGCCGACGGCCGUUUUUGUUGAAACUAUUGAUGUGAUGAAGGGCGGCUACCUUGACGUUGAGAACAACACGAUGAGCGCGGCUAAUGGCAUUUAUUUUUUUUGGGAUACAAAUGUGGGCUCCGCGGGGCUGCUGAGAGUGGCGGACUGCACUCUUUUUGGCAGCGUGGGCUCUUUUUUUCCCACGCUGUUGUAUUUGGACGGCUCUGUGACACUUCAGGGUGGUGCGCAGUGGCGUGUGGAGGGCAAUGUCGUGAGCGCAGCCUCCCUAAUAACUAUGGAAGAUGCCUUGCAAAAAAUUCUAUUGUCGGGCAGCGGCACCACCGUGGCGCUCGCACACAACCGUCAGGUGGACGGGAGCAUUGUCUUUUGCAAACUUCUUGCAUCGAGCAUUGUCGUGAAACCGCCUGCGCGGUUUGUGGUUGGAUGCAACCUGCAGGGCGGUGAGGAGGUGUCGUAUGACGGUGUGUUUCCGGAGGGCGUGGUGGUGUUUAGUUGUGGCACGUGCAACGACGACGCGGCGUGCUACAUGCCCGGGACGGAGUCGGUGGACCGCGGCUCGUGCUCGUGCAGCUGCAAGGACGGAUGGCAUGGCGUGUCGUGUCUUCCCUUCGAGGUGCCCGACACGGUUGUGCCGCCCGUGGCGGAGAGAGCCGUUGACGGCGACACGAGCUGCGUGGUGAACCAGACGCUGACGAACCUCGCGCUGAACAUGUGGAAGACGCACCACUGCUACGUGGGCGUGACAUUCAGCGGCGUGGGUGCUGUGCUGACGUUUUCGUUUGACAGUAUGCCGCUGCAUCUCCCCAUCAAAAUCACGCUCACUGGAUGCACAUUUCUUGAGGGUGCCGUGCUGCAGUUUGUUGGGGGUGCUGCGGCGGCCGAGUCAGUCGGCGUCCUGAUCCGCGUGAGCCGGACGGUGAUGCGGUCCUCCAUUGUCACUUUUUCACUUGCCCUCCCGCAGCACUGCGACAUUGCCGUCACGGAGGUUGACGUGGUGCAGUCUUCCGCGGUCCAUUUGCCGGACACCGUGAACAACAUGUGUAGCGUAUUGUUGCUGCACGAAGUUGUGUUGACUGCUUCUUCGCUGCUGGUCAGCAACGUCAGGGCGCAUGCCUUGAGGUACGGUGGUUUUGGUUUGUACUCGUUCGGUACGCUGACGCUGGUGGGUGGCAGCUCGCUGUACGCGCGGUACUGCAGCUUUGAUGGGUACAUGCACCUGUUGUACGUGCCAAUCCUCCAUGCGAGUGACCACUCCGUUUUUGCGCUG